AUGGCGAAUACUCGGUUUGGAAAUUUCGAGGCGGCGCCUUUGCAGGCGAACUUCAUUCCCAGCUUGCAACAGCCAACUCAACAGAUUCUCUGGAUUGGUUGCUCUGAUAGCGGGUUUCAAGAAACGACUAUUCUCGACCUUCUGCCCGAUGAGAUGAUGGUGCACCGCAAUAUUGGCAACAUGAUUAUCGAGGGCGAUUUGUCCUCUGAGACUGCUAUUAAAUAUGCCGUUACGGUUCUUGGGGUGAGACAUAUCGUCGUCUGUGGGCAUUACGGGUGUCAGAUAGUGAAGGCCGCAUCAAGAAAUGGACUGCAGGGACCGUGGCAAAGCAAGCUUGAUUCUUUACACUCCACGCAUAAAGAUACCAUCGAUCGACUCUCUGAAGCAGAAUCCGAUCGCACGUUUGUCAAAUUGAAUGUACUGGAUCAGUUACGUGCUUUGCGGCAAUUCCCUGAGGUUGUUGAUGCUGCGAAUUCUGGGAGCUUGCAGUUACAUGGCAUUGUAUACGAUACCCAUACUGGAGAGGGAUCUCGGUUGCUUGAGGAUCCCGAGUGUCGUCUUUAA